AUGAAUAAUUUCCUAAUAAUGACGGAAGCAAAAUUUGAAUUGAUUGGACAUAGAGGAGCUCCAAAUUUGAGACCUGAACAUACGUAUGAAUCCUAUUUAUUGGCUUUUCAACAAGAUGCUGAUUAUAUUGAAUUUGAUGUAAUGCCAUCUAAAGAUGGAGUCCUUAUGGUGACUCAUAGUUUUGAAUUAACUGAAAUUAGUAAUGUUGCCUCUGUGAGCAAAUUUUCGGAUAGAAAGAAAACUAAAGUUGUCGAUAAGAAAUCAUAUUCUGGAUGGUUUAUUGAGGAUUUUACUGCUUCUGAAUUACAGGAAUUGAGAUUGAGAGAAAGAUAUCCACAAGCUAGAACUACCAAGUUUGAUGACAUCUUUGUCAUGCCAACUCUUGAAACAGCACUUGACUAUAUAAUUGCUAUUACUCCAAAUAAUUCUUCUAAAAUCAAGCUCUAUAUCGAAACAAAGCAUCCAACAUAUUUUGCAUCUGCUUUGAAUGUCGAUGUUAACCAAUUGCUUGUUAAUGUUUUGGAGAAGUACCAUUAUCUUGAAUAUACCAUGUUCCAAUCAUUUGAAAUUUCAAGUAUGACUAGUAUUCGUACAAUUUUGUCCAACAAGAAUAUUCAACCAUUGGGAUAUGUGAUGCUUUUAGUGGCUAAUGGUUCUCAAAUUGAUAAUGGAAGAAAUUUUGAUGAGUACCUGACUGAGGAAGGUAUUGAUACAGCAAAGAGUGCUGGUAUCACUGGUUUCGGACCAGCUUGGAAGAUGGUUACUAAACCAUGGGUUGAAUCAGUUCACAAGAGAAAUUUAAUCAUUCACCCAUAUACUUACAGACCUGAGGAAUACUUUUUGAAACAAACCCCAUAUACCACCUUCUCUGAUUUUAUUAAGAGUGCUUUGGAACUUGGUGUUGAUGGAGUUUUCACUGAGGACAUUGAUCAAACCAGAGCCAUUGUUCUUGCCUAUGAAUCCAAUUCAGUUGUGACUGUCUUGCUAAUCGUUGCCUUUGUAUUCGUUGGAGUUUUAUUCAUUGUCAUUGCUGCCUCUGUUUUAUCAGCUUACCUUUGCAAGAGAAAGACCAAUCCAUCAUCAUCAGCCACCCAAAACAGAGAAGAACGUGCAGGUCUUGCCCAACAAUCCAAUUCCUAUUCAUAUAAUCAAGAUGAAUAA